AUGAAAGGCACCGAGCCGGGCCAGACCAGGCUCGGGUUCCGCCGGGCGUUCUGGUUGACCGCCUCCGUAACCACGCUGUUCGCCUGCGCCCUGCUGGUCCUGGCACCACAGGUGCUGGCGCAGAACCGCUCCAGCGAAUCGGAACGGGCCAUCGCCAUUCUGCGCGACGUGUUCGAAUUCGGCGGCGCAGCUACGUCGACGCCGACGCGGCCGGCACGGACCAGCUCCUGA